GCAGCUGCACACGUGCACCAACCUCUUCCUCCUGUCUCUGGCUGUCGCAGACUUUCUUGUUGGACUUGUGCUGAUGCCAAUUAGAAUCCUAAGGACAGGAGGUUGCUGGGUUUGGGGGAGCUUUAUGUGCGGAGUGUUUAACUAUACCAGUUUUAUACUUACAUCUGCCUCAGUGGGUAACAUGGUGCUCAUUUCAGUUGACAGAUACGUGGCCAUCUGUGACCCGUUGCAUUAUCCAAUCAAAGUGACUCAACAAAGAGUUCAAAUCAGUGUUUGUCUAUGUUGGGCUUGCUCUGUGCUGUAUAAUGGUAUUAUUCUGAGGGAUCAUCUAAAACAUCCAGACAAAUAUAAUUCCUGUCAUGGAGAGUGUAAGACUGUAAUUGAUUUUAAAACGGGAACUUUUGAUUUUAUAUUUACCUUUUUUGGACCCAUUACAGCAAUCAUAGUUCUCUACAUGAAAGUUUUUGUGGUGGCUGUGUCUCAGGCUCGAGCCAUGAGAUCUCAUAAUGCAGCCGUCAGUCAACAAGGAUCAGUCCCUGUAUCUGCUAAAAAGUCUGAGAGAAAAGCAGCKACAGCUCUUGGUGUUGUUGUUGUUUUGUUUUUAAUAUGUUUCUGUCCUUAUUUUCUGCCCUCUCUUGCAGGCAAAGACACAUCAAUUAAUUCUAAACUUUCAGUUUUCUGUAUCUGGCUGCUUUAUAUUAACUCUUGUCUAAAUCCAAUGAUUUAUGCUUUCUUUUAUCCAUGGUUUAGGAAAUGUGUUAAACUCACUGUAACUUUUCAAAUACUGCAGCCUGACUCUUGUGAUGCUAACUUACUGUAGAUAUGUAAGCUCAGUCUGAAAUCUGCUGUCACUAUCUCAGCUUCUUAUUAAACAAACUUGGAAAAAAAGAAAAAAAGGGACAUAUGUCAAAAAGUGUUUGGAAUGAUAUUUGGAACUUUUGUGCUAGUAACAUUUUUUCCUCUGUUUUUUCACAAUUUCACUUAAAGGGGCAAUAUAAUGUGUUUC